AUGGCUUCACGCUUGCCGCCGGGAAGAGCCUUGGGCUUAUUGAUAGCUGGAACUGGAAUGGGCUGGGGAAUCAUGAAACUUGCAACACCAUCUGAAUCCCAGUUUUAUGACGAACUUGCGCCGGAUUUGAAGCGUAAGGUGGAUGAACGGCGGAAGCAAUCAGCAGAAUGGGACAAGCUAUACGGCAAAACCACGGUCGAAGAGCAAUACCAGAAAGCCGUCGAACGUGAAGAGCCGAAGAAAAUCUAG